AUGUUUGGUACACAGAGCUACAAGGACGUCAUGUCUGAGUCUGGCCGGAAGCGUGGCCGAGAUAGUGAGGGAGAGGUGGACGGCAUGUCCAUGGGUCUGGAGGGGCACCGGAGCAAGCGAUUUCAAUGCCUUCCUCUUCGAACCUCGCCAAGGUCGUCGCAGCAGUGGCCGUCCGCAGCGUCCAUGGGCCCCGAGUCUGAUGGCCAUGCCACCCAGCUACUGUUUUCUCGCUGGUCGCAUUCGUCCGUGGGAAGUUCCUCCGGCUCUCACGAUGACACCGAGGUGGACAUGAUGAGCUCUAACCGGAUGCCAACACCCAUACAGCCCAGCUUUGCUGCGCAGGUGCGUGGCCAGCAGAACGAGUGGGCUGGCCCCGGGCCUGUUGUGACGACGCUUAAUGGGGUUAUUAACAUGGGCCACCAUCCCGCGGGCUUCUCAGACGACCAAUCUGUGCCUCGUGUAAUGUCGGGCCUGGAAGACUGGCAAGCUGCGCAAAACCACCGGAGGCUACCGUCGCCGAUUUCAGAAGUGGAAGACAGCAUUUUGGACCAAGAUUUUGGCGAAGGAAGCAUGAUGGUGGAUGAUGGCAUGGGCGUAACCAUGGAUGCUGGCAUAGUGCUACCACCGUCACCGUCGCGCGCAAUGGACCACCCCAACGCCAUGAUGGACAUCGAAUCGCCGCCGCGCUCGCACUUACACGGAGCUGACGGCGAGGGUGACGCCCAUUCACCCAGCCCAGCUCGCAGAGGCCACAUGCGAAGCAAGCAUACCAUUGACAGUUGGACAUGGCAGCCUGGCAUGAAAAAGAGCUUCAGUAUUGGAUACCGAGCCGAUUGCGAAAAGUGUAGACUCAAAGUGCCUGGGCACUUUAACCACAUCGUCAUCUCAUAG